ACUCCCCGCACUGGGGCCAGCCCCUGUGCCAGCAGACAGCGCCCCCUAGAGCAGGAAGGCAGCGCCAGCCCCUGCGCAUCCGCUCCCAUCUGCUGGGGGGCAGGGCCCAGCUAAUCCGCUCACGGGCAGCUUGGCGCGGCAUUAGGGGUCGCGCGACAGGGGGAGCCCCUCCGCCAGCCUGGGACAGAGCCAGUGCUCAGGGCCCUGAACCCCAACCCAGCCCCCUGGAGCCCCCGCUCUGGCCCCAAUGAGCAGCAGGAGGAAGCCACACUGGCCACCAUGGCCCAGAGGAUGAAGCUGCUCCCCCGGUGCUGCCGGCUCCAGGUCCUCGGCGCCGCCCUGGCCGUGUGCAUGACCAUCGGCUUCACCCUCCAGCUGCUGGGGGUCCCUUUCCAAGGGAGGAGCUCCCCGGACUGGCUGCCCCACCUCCGGUUGCUCCCCGGGGGUGGGGCUGAGGAGAGGGCCCCCUCCCACCCUUUGUCCCCCCGGCCCUGCCAGCCCCGGCGCCACAUCGUCUUCCUGAAGACGCACAAGACGGGCAGCAGCACCAUCGUGAACCUGCUGCACCGGUUCGGGGAGACGCGGGGCCUGCGCUUCGCCCUGCCCCCCCGCUACCAGUUCGGGUACCCCUACCCCUUCCAGGCCCGGCGGGUGAAGGGCUACCGGCCGGGGGGGCCCAGCUUCGACAUCCUCUGCCACCACAUGCGCUUCCACCUGCCCGAGGUGCAGAAAGUGAUGCCCCCCGACAGCUUCUACUUCUCCAUCGUGAGGGACCCGGGGUCGCUGGCCGAAUCUGCCUUCUCCUACUACCGGGGGGUGGCGCCGGCUUUCCGCCGGGCGGGCUCGCUGACCCAGUUCCUGGCGGCGCCCGAGCGCUUCUACAACCCGGCCGAGCGGGGCAACCACUACGCCCGCAACCUGCUGUGGUUCGACUUCGGGCUGGCGCCGCCGGCCGCGCCGGGCCCCGAGGCCGUGCAGGCGGCGCUGGCCCAGCUGGAGCGGACCUUCCCGCUGGUGCUGCUGACGGAGCACUUCGACGAGUCGCUGGUGCUGCUGCGGGAGGCGCUGUGCUGGGCGGAGGAGGACGUGGACGCCUUCCGGCACAACGGGCGCAACCCCCAGGCUGUGCGGCCCCUGGACCCCGCCCAGGCCGCCCGGCUGCGGGCCUGGAACGGCCUGGACUGGCAGCUCUACGCCCACUUCAACCGCAGCUUCUGGCGCCGCGUGGAGGCCUUCGGGCCGGCCCGGCUGCAGGCCGAGGUGGCCCGGCUGCGGGAGCGGCGCCGGGCGCUGGCCGAGCGCUGCCUGCAGGGCGGGGGCCCCGUGGAGGCGGCCGGCAUCCCCGACGAGCGGAUCCGCCCCUUCCAGUUCGGCCAGGCGCAGAUCCUGGGCUACGCGCUGCGGCCGGGGCUGGGGCCCGCCGAGCAGCAGCUCUGCACCCGCAUGGUCACCCCCGAGCUGCAGUACAAGGACAGGCUGGACGCCCAACAGUUCGGGGCCAACGGCUCGGAGGGCGCAGGUGGAGGGCGGGGCAGGUAGCCGGGGGCCACCUCUCCCCAUGGUACGGAGCCCCUGGGCCAGACGGACGGGGGGGAUGCGGUACAUACCCCCGUGGGGACCCCACCGAUCAAGCCCCCCGGCACAGACACGGGGAGAUAUGGGGCACAGCCCCCCGGCACAGAUAGACGCGGGUUCAAUGGGGCACAAAACCCCCUCCUCCAAUAUCCUGGCUCCUGGUAUGGACAGCCGGGGCUGGGACAAUGGGUAAACCCUGCCCACGUCCAGCUGGGGGGAGGCCCCCCCUUGCUCCAGCCCCGAUGUCUCCGGGCUCCACCUGGACGAUAUUUAUUGGUCUGUUCUCACAGGCCUGUGACUGGGCAGCGGAUGGGCGGGGGGGGAUACUUGGUACCUCUCUUCUCCACCCCCCCCCCCCUGGGUCGUUAAAUUCCCGGCUCAGCGGUUCCCCCUUUCGUUUGGUUUGUUUCCUUUUUAUAAAAUAAUUAAA